AUGAGUCCGUCUACCGCUCUCGUCGUUGCAAACGUCGCUACCGUCGCAGAUAUCCAUCAGCUCAUGGAAAAGUUCUGCACAAUCGAGGAAGACAGCACAUCGACAGCGUACUCCGUCGAAGAAGCUGCCUGCGAGGAACAUUUUUCUCGUACUGUAGCUCGUACUCCAGAAGGACGCUACGUAGUCCGCUUACCGUUCAAGGAAGAGGUCAUAAAUCAAGUUAGCGACAACCGUCGUACCGCUGUUCGUCGAUUCCACCUGCUUCAAGGUCGUCUAAUCCGCAACCCCGACCUUCACCUGCAGUACAAGGCUUUCAUCGACGAGUAUCUCGACCUCGGACACAUGAAGCACAUUCAUGAUUACGAAGACCCAGAGGUACAGCACUAUCACCUUCCACAUCACGCUGUGAUACGAGAGGAAAGCACGACGACGAAGUUACGGGUCGUCUUCGAUGCCUCGUGUAAAACCCCGAACGGACCUUCGCUCAACGACGCUCUGAUGGUUGAACCAACGGUGCAAGAGGACAUCCGAUCGAUCACGAUGCGCUCCCUAAAGCAUCAAUUCAUGGUAGUUGCUGAUGCCAAGAUGAUGUACCGUCAAGUUCUCGUCGACCCUCGUGACUGCCGAGUCCAACUCAUCGUCUGGAAACCAUCACCGGACCAUCCGAUGGAGACAUAUCAACUGAAUACCGUAACGUACGGUACUGCCAGCGCUCCUUUCCUCGCCACUCGGGUACUGAUGCAACUUGCCGACGAUGAAGGUCAAUGUUUUCCCCUUGCAGUCAAAGCUCUGAAGAAAGACGUCUACGUUGACGAUCUCUUUUCCGGCGGAAGUAACGCAGCAGAAGUUAUUGAACUCCAGAACCAGCUAGAUGCACUCCUAGCAAAAGGCGGAUUUCAACUACGCAAGUGGGCGUCAAACGAUGAGGCAGUACCAUAG